CUGAUGUGUGUGGUACUGCUUUGAAAAACUCAUGGAUAUGGUCAAAGCUGGGUUAUGUUCAGACAUUGGCAUUUGGUAUUCUAGUUUACUGUGGUAUGCUGUCUGCUUUAAUGGCUAUCAUCAUCCAUUAAUUAUAUUAUGUUUUGAACUUGAAUGGAGAAGGGAAGUUUGACAGUGCAUAGCUGAGACUGCACAAAUGGCAUGCCACUCUGAACAUGUCUGGUAUGGCUAAGGACAUUGUAGCAAUGACUUCAUACAUGUACACUAAAUCCCAAUGGCUCAGCAUUUGGUGAUUGGUCACAAUCAAUCCAAUCUUUGAGUUCACUGCAUAGAGAGUCAGUGUUUUCUGGAAUUGUAUAUGCCCCACAGUGUAUUUCAGACAGACUUCUAAAAGUAAUCACUUCACUGAUUAUUUUAAUUGCAAAAUUCAAAGCAGUGCAGCAUGGCCUAACUUUGUGCAUGUCAGCAAAGGUUUAGUGCACCUAUGUGUCAUUGGCAAGGACAAAGCAAAUGGUUUUCAUACAUUGGUUCAUAGGCAACACAUAAGAAUGGGAGAGGGUGGUAUUGUCAGUAUAGGUAUGACUUGCUAAAAUGCUCCAGAUUAACUAAAUGUAGUAUGAAACAGUCUUGAUAUCAGAAAGAGAAGGUGACAAGCUAUGAGUGACAGCUUGGGUGCUGGCCUUGAUGGUGUAGCAGAUCCACAGCUGAGGAGAUUUAUUGAAGGAGAGACUCACAAGCAAAAAUUCCAGGUGCUGGUGCACGGGCUGACGGACCAGUGCUGGGACAAGUGCAUGGUGGACCGGCCCAGCACGCGGCUCGACAACAAGACCGAGACGUGCCUAGUCAACUGCGUCGACCGCUUCCUCGACGCCUCCAACUACAUCAUCAACCGCAUGGAGAAGACGGCCGGGCUGGAGCUCGCCGCGCCCGCCACCCCCGAUUUCAUGCGUGACUAGUCGCCGUGCGGCCGUAGUCUGCGUGUAGUGACGUAGCGCCGCUGUCUGCCGACCACCGGCGUGCGCCGCCAUGUUCUCCCGGCUGCGUGGGUUCGUGCGGAGGCACCGCUACAAGCUGGCGGUGGUGGGCGCGCUGGGCGG